CAUCAAGUGGGCUUGACUCGGAACUGCUCUUCCAUGGAUACGGGACCUGAACCUGAUAUUUAACUGGAUGCCCGGGUAAAAACAGCUGUUUUGUGUGAAUAUCCGGCGCCUAAAUGCUCGAAUGUGCCGAUGCUGGCCGGUGACAAGUGACACGACAGGGCUAGCGCAUCUCUGAGCUGCGCAAAUGUAUAAGAAAGACAUCGGCUGAUUGAUGAUUUGAUUCCACCUGAGUAGACAUUCUCCUUGCUAGCAGAAACCAUGGUGAAAUUCUCUCACGGCUGCUGGCACCCAGCGCCAGACACGCUCAUCGACUGGGCCGUGGAAACCGUCGUUGCCGAGACUCGCGGCGACAAGCUGCAUUUCGUCACAUCGUCGAAGCCCAUCAACCACCGGGGAGACACGCUCAACAACCCAACCCUCACACACUCCCUCAGCUCACCCCUUGAGAAUGUACUGUAUCUCUCGUCGACCCACUGGACAAAACAAAAGAGCGUCACACAAGGCCCGCACUUUGAGCUUUUCCCCGCGGGCCGACCGGAGCAGCCGGCAGUUCAGACGACAAAGGCUGAAGAGGGCCUGAAGCUCGAUGCAGGCAGUCUCUCUGCCUCGGUGGAUACCCGACCCAAGUCGUUUGAUGUCAGCUUCCACGCGAAGAACAAACUCCUCACUAAACUCGGAUGGCGCUCGGUUGGCUAUGUGAAGCAGGGCACCACCGCUCUGCAUCCCCGCGCCAACUAUCUCGACCCCAACAAGGGCAAGCGAUGGGUGACCUACCAGCUCCAGCUCGGCGUCGGAGACAAGGUCUACGGGCUGGGCGAGCGAUUCGGCCCCUUUGUGAAGAACGGACAGAGCGUCGAAAUCUGGAACGAAGACGGGGGCACGGGCUCGGAACUGACAUACAAGAAUAUCCCCUUCUUCGUGACCUCCGCCGGCUACGGCAUCUUCAUCCCAACCUCCAACUUCCUCUCCUUUGAAAUCCAGUCCGAGCGCACAACCCGCGUGAACAUCUCUGUCCCCGGCGAAUCGCUCUCCAUGUAUCUCAUCUACGGCCCGGACCCCAAGUCCAUCAUCGAGCGGUACACAACCAUCACGGGGAAGCCCGCUCUCCCACCGGCGUGGACGUUUGGGCUGUGGCUCAGCACGAGCUUCACGACGGAAUACGAUGAGGGGACUGUUACUUCGUUCCUUGAUGGGAUGGCGGAGCGCGAGAUUCCCGUGAGCGUGUUCCAUUUCGACUGCUUCUGGAUGCCCGGGUUCAAGUGGUGUGAUUAUGAGUUCGACAAGGAUUAUUUCCCCGAUGCGAAGGGGCAGCUGGAGCGGAUUAAGAAGCGGGGGAUUCAUAUCUGCGUGUGGAUCAACUCGUACAUUGCGCAGGAGAGUUCCAUCUUUGGCGAGGCCGCAGACCAGGGAUUCCUGCUCAAGCGCACAGAUGGAAGCGUGUGGCAGUAUGACUUCUGGCAAGCGGGAAUGGGCUUCGUCGACUUUACAAAUCCCGAUGCCUGCAAGUGGUACCAGGGCAAGCUCCAGGCCCUCAUCGACAUGGGCGUCGAUUCAUUCAAGACCGACUUCGGCGAGCGCAUCCCCACCGGCGACGUCGUCUACCACGAUGGCUCCAGCCCCGAAAAGAUGCACAACUACUACGCCUUCCUCUACAACAAAGUCACCUUCGAGGUACUCGAGAAGAACUUCGGUGCACACAAGGCCGCCCUCUUCGCGCGGUCCGCCACAGCCGGGUGCCAGCGGUUCCCCGUGCACUGGGGCGGAGAUCCGUACAGUACCUUUGAGGCGAUGGCCGAGACGCUCCGCGGCGGGAUGAGCCUGGCGCUUUCGGGGUUCGGGUACUGGGCGCAUGAUAUUGGGGGGUUCGAGGGGAAGCCGGAUCCCGCGCUGUUCAAGCGAUGGAUUGCGUUUGGGUUGUUCUCGAGUCAUUCGCGGUUGCAUGGGAGUGGGAGUUUCCGGGUCCCCUGGCUCAUCGACUCAACCGGCGAAGCUGACAAAGUCCUCAAGCACUUUGUGCAGACCAAACACUCUCUCAUGCCGUACCUCUACUCUAGCGCCAUCGAGACACACCAGACCGGCGUGCCAAUGUUACGGGCCAUGUUCCUCGAGUACCCCGAGGACCCGAUUGUCUGGCAUCUCGAUAUGCAAUACUUCCUCGGCGAUAGUCUCCUCGUCGCGCCGGUGUUCAAUGCCGAGGGGAGCAUCCAGUACUACCUGCCCAAGGGCGACUGGUACGGUUUACUCGAUGGAAAAAUCCGUACGGGAGGCGGGUAUGUAUCUGAGGAACAUGAUUUCUUCUCCUUGCCCGUUCUUUUGCGGCCGGGGUCUGCUAUAUUCCGUAGCGUGGGUGAAAGGAAGGAGAGCGUGGUAUAUGACUGGAGUGAGGAUGUGGAGCUACUGGUUAACUGGGUGGAGGGGAUGGAUAAGACAGUUCAGAUUGCGGAUCAUGAAAAGGCUGGUGAGUUCAAGGUUGCUCUGAGGGUCCAAGAUGGCCUGGAUGGAGUGGCGGUGGAGGUCAUCAAGGGGAAGAUCCAGGGGGCGGUGGCUGUCAAGGUGGUGAACAAGGACAUCGCCUCUGCAGACGUGGACAUGACCGAGGGCAACAUCGUCCGUCUCAAGGAGGGCCAGACGAAAGUAACAUUCCAGCUAAAAUAGAGCACAUACGCACACAACGAUACUCCUUCAGCUGCCGCCGACUAUCCGCCAGGACAUCAU